GGGGAUGGGAGACGCGUCGCAUGAGCGUCGGCUCUGGUUCUCCAAGGGUCUUUGGGGGUUUGGCUAGAGGAGGCGCGUUGCAGUCUGACCCCUCCAUACCACCUGUGUGGAUGACCACUUCAACUUCAUCCGACAGCGUUAAGGAUCACGGUUACUCAAAGACGGAGAUGGGCGUAAUUUCAGUUGAAAACAUGUUGGAGGAGUCAAUGGCGCUUUCGAGACACCUGUCCGUGGAUCGAUAUGAGCAAGAGCUCGGCUGCGAGAGGGUGGUUAUCAACAUUUCAGGUUUGCGAUUCGAAACUCAACUAAAAACUUUCAAUCAGUUUCCCAAAACGUUGCUCGGGGACCGGAGAAAGAGGAUGCGUUACUUUGACCCAUUGAGAAACGAGUAUUUUUUCGAUAGAAACCGACCCAGCUUUGAUGCCAUUCUCUAUUAUUACCAGUCGGGAGGGCGCAUCAGGAGACCUGUUAACGUGCCCAUUGACAUCUUCUCUGAGGAGAUCAAUUUCUAUCAACUCGGGGAAGAGGCUAUGGAAAAAUUCCGGGAGGAUGAAGGAUUCAUAAAAGAAGAGGAACGUGUUUUACCAGAUAAUGAAUUCCAAAAGCAGGUUUGGCUUUUGUUUGAGUACCCGGAAAGCUCUGGGCCAGCUAGGGGAAUAGCCAUAGUCUCCGUGCUUGUCAUUUUAAUCUCAAUUGUUAUAUUCUGUUUGGAGACCUUGCCUGAGUUUCGGGAUGACAGAGACCCUGUCACUGUGGCACUUACCGUCAACGGGACGGCCUCCUACCACGUAAAUCCAUUCACCGACCCUUUCUUUGUGAUAGAGACACUUUGCAUAAUAUGGUUCUCUUUUGAGUUGCUGGUCAGGUUCUUCGCGUGCCCCAGCAAAUCCACGUUCUCAAAAAACAUAAUGAACAUCAUCGACAUUGUCGCCAUAUUUCCCUACUUUAUCACUUUGGGGACAGAACUGGCUGAGAAGCAGGGUAACGGUCAGCAAGCCAUGUCCCUGGCCAUUCUCAGAGUGAUAAGGCUCGUGAGAGUCUUUCGCAUUUUCAAGCUCUCCAGGCACUCUAAGGGGCUACAGAUUUUAGGGCAGACACUAAAGGCCAGCAUGAGGGAACUUGGACUGUUGAUAUUUUUCCUUUUUAUUGGAGUUAUCCUUUUCUCAAGUGCUGUUUACUUUGCUGAGGCCGAUGACCCGUCAUCCAGUUUUACAAGCAUCCCAGAUGCGUUUUGGUGGGCUGUGGUCACCAUGACUACUGUCGGAUAUGGAGACAUGCACCCUGUGACCAUUGGUGGCAAAAUUGUUGGGUCAUUGUGUGCUAUUGCCGGAGUGUUAACUAUUGCUCUCCCUGUGCCAGUUAUUGUCUCGAACUUCAAUUACUUUUACCAUAGGGAGACUGAUGGAGAAGAGCACGCACAGUACUUGCAUGUCAGCAGCUGCGAGCACUUACCCUCAGACACAGAUGAGCUAAAAAGGACUCGUAGCACCUCAUCUCUGGGCAAAUCGGAAUAUAUAGAGGAGGGCAUCAACAGUGGGUAUAAACAGCCCAACUUCACAAAUGAGAAUAACCAAAACUGCGUGAACAUCAAAAAGAUAUUUACGGAUGUGUAAACGCUUUUACUUUAUAUGGAGUAUGACGAUAGAUAGAAUACAGUUGCGACGACUAUUUUUUUCUAUGAUGGCUAAUCGUGACGUGUCGGUGCAUAAUGUAUCUGCCAGGUGGAGUGUGCACCGCUAUAGUGUACCAGACAGGUUCAACCGUACUGUGAUCGUUCGAUUCGUCCUUCAGUCAAAAAUAGGUGUUGAUGUUCGGUAGUUCGAUAGGUUGUAAGUGUUGCAUAUUUACCCCCCGAAUCUAAACAGAGUUGUCGUUGUGUUUUUUUGAGGGGGAAAGUUCAGUUAUCAGUGUUCAGUGUUCUUGUCAUGAAUAGCAAUAUAAUCUACAAUGUCUGUAUGAUGUAAUUUUCAUCGGAUGAUAACAUAGGCUAUGGCCGGACUGAAUGGGCAACCUAUGCGUAUUGGAAAUAUCAUGGACAUAACAUACUGCACUAUGAGAGCAGACUGAGUAUUGUUUAGGCUCUUAUUGUUCUGAUCUGAUACAAAAGGGAAUUUAGGCUACGUAUUUGUUAUAUGUUUACAAUGUUACUUUUAGCAUUACAGUUUAUAGCCUAUGCCAAUUUUUGUUAAAGAUAUGGAAGGGAUCAAGACUGUGGAAUGCCUUUGAUAAAAUACCUGCAUAAAAUCUAAAUGUAUCAUUACGCAGUACAUAGGCUAAACUAUUUUGUAUAGUCUACAAUUGAUAGUGGUACUAAUCCUUGGUAAUCGAUGUAUCUUAUUCAAAUUCGAUCCAAAGGCUGUCAUCAGGACUAUUUGGAAUUUAUUUUCCUACAAAACAUGACUUCAAGACUGUUUCCAUCAUGGAGGAUAGUGUGAGCACAUUGAUGAAGACAUGGACACAAUGCAUAGUGCGAGUGGAUAGAAGAAUGAACAACAGCAGUCACGCCCCCUGGAUGCGACUGAGCCCGAGUUGUGAUGCAGUCGCCAUGACGACUACAGAUUCCUGGGAUGGAAAUUUUCAUCGCCCCAUCUCAACCCGCCAACAACCAUCAUCCAACCGACAAUGCGCCAGUAAAACACCUCUACUCUGGAGGCCUACAGGAGGAUUGCCCUGACACAUCACUAUGGGAUUCAAGCUCCACCAUCACAACCCUCCACCAACACAAACCUUCCACACAUACACACGGUACUGUACUGGCCCGGAGAGAGACGCCAGAGGCAAGGUGCCACGGACACAGUGCCUUCAUCUGAGACCUCACCUUCCCUCCAAUGGACUGCCUGGGGGAAAGGAGCAUGUGCUGCACUCUGUCUCUUCCCUAGUGUCUUAGUCCUGGAAUAAGAUCCCAGAGAGACCCGUACAAGAGGACACACUGUGUAUGUUGCCGUUAUGUAUCUCCCUAGUCUUCAGCAGGCCUGUGUUUGGUCUAUAGCUACCCCCAGUGGAGUAGAGGGCUGAGGUCAUGUUUUGUAGCAUCACCAUGUAUUCAUGGUGUGUUGUCGUUGUCCCAGGACAAAAUGUAAGCACAUAAAUGUGUCUGCAAAUCAGACAGCGUUUGCAUGUUGUCGCUUAAGUGAAAAUAAUUUCAGGGUCACAAAUUGGGAUUGUUCACCUCUUUGAGAAAAUGUAUUUAACACACUCACACGCGCGCAAACACACACACACAUAUUAUUGCAUUCCUCCACUGGCACCUUAAUCGGGGAGGUCGACCUUGUGGUAAAGGCUGGAGCGGAACUUGCGGAAUGGUAUCAAAUACAUCCAAACACAUGGUUUCCAUGUUUUUGAUGCCAUUCCACCCGCUCUGUACCAGCCAUUAUUAUGAGCCGUCCUCCCCUCAGCAGCCUCCACCGCAUCCCUCCUCUUUUUUUCCCCCUUCCCUCCUCCUCUCUCUUCCCAUUCUACACUCUCAUCCCCUCUUUCCAACAUUUUAUCUUCUUCACCAACAACGACAAUAACGGCAUGGGGGAAGUCACCAGAUGAACUACUCUUCAGAAAGCAGUGGCCAAAUAACGUCACAGCUGCAGGUUGUUCCAGGUGGCUUGAUCAGAAGUGCUUGAGUGGCGUUGUUCUCUCUGACUUCUUUCUCGAAACAUGGUGCACUCUUCGCUUCUCCCCAAUUCCUUUUUUUGGGGUAUAGUUGGGUAAAUUAAAACUUGUCUGUGAGUUAUCCUAGCAAUGAAUCACUUGUCAGUAAAUCUCACCAUUACUGCCCAUGUGGAAAACCUCUUGCUGCAGUUCAGUGCAUCUCCCAAGAUUCCUAAAUGAUUCAUGUGAUUCCAUUUCUAUUUAGUCAACCCCGCACAUACAUUACAUACAUUAUAUCUAUGUAACGUGUGUGUGUGUGUGUGUGUGUGUGUGUGUGUGUGUGUGUGUGUGUGUGUGUGUGUGUGUGUGUGUGUGUGUGUGUGUGUGUGUGUGUGUGUGUGCGUGCGCAUGUGUGUGUGUGUGUGCGCACGCGCGUGUGACUGUGAAAGUGUGUGACAGUGUGUGUGUCGGUGGGAAUGUGUGCAGCAUGUACAGUACUGAAUACAUGUACGCUUGAGCCGAUACCCAGCUGUAAAAUGUAGAUAGUCUCAGCUGGUACUGUACGCCUGGCUGACUGCACUCUAGAACCCUUGGCAUCGGAGUGCUGAGAGACACUUCUCAGGAGAGGCACUCUCUCUAUUGCCAGGAAUGAGGAACAACCCCCUUCAUACAGCCACACACACACACAAACCACACACACACACACACACACACACACACACACACGUCAUCCAUAUCAUAGAUUAGUUGCACAAAAUGAAGCCAAUGCCCCCUUGUUCUCUGUGGCUCGGUAGGGGCUCUGGCUGCAGGCAGACGUUAUGUGGGUGUGCAUGUUUGUGUCAUGCUCAUGCAGAGGAGGAGAGAAGACCCCGAGCAUACUCCUUCCACUCCCAGGCAGACAUCUGCCACAUGAAAAGAGUGAUGCUGUGAUGCAGAAAGGAGUGAUGCUGAUGGGGCGGCAGGUAGCCUAGCGGAGUGUUGGGCCAAUAACCUGAAUGGUUGCUGGUUCAAAUCCCCCAGGAGGCUAGGUGAAAAGUCUGUUGACGUGCCCUUGAGCAAGGCACUUAACCCUAAUUGCUCCUCCUGUAUGUCACUCUGGAUAAGAACUUCUGCUAAAAGCUAUAAUGAUAUAGGGGAUGCAGUACAUUCUGGGGAGAGUACUUUUAUGGUAGUACUAACUUCACCAACUGUAUUGAUGAUUGUUUAUAUCUGGGGGAAAAAAAAAACUUUUUCAUGUUGUCUUAGCCCUAAAACUGUUAUAAAAAUGUACAUUAUAUGGCAUCAGUAAUAGCAUGCUUCAGACAUAGUGCUGUUAUUACUCUGGGUGCAAACUGCAAAGCAUCCAUCUACUCUUCAGAGGAGAUAUUUAUAAAGUUCACUCUUCUGAAUCAUGACUCUGCGUUCAACGCUUUGAGUCAAGACAAAGGGAAGCCCACCAAUCAUAUCAUGAGGAGUGUACACAUACACACUUUUCUCUCAAUGGAUCUAAAUACCAAGCCAGUCAUUAAAGAACAGGUUUUAGUAUAAAAUAUUUAUUGUAUACUGUGCUUAGCUCUUUGGCUGUAUGUAUAACGACGAUCCACUCUCCGAUCAUUUGAAGGAGCUCAAACAGGACCAAGGAUACCAGAGGUUACGGAAAAUGUAUAAAUAAAUUCAUCAAUCAUGUAAAGGGGAAAGAAGACUCAUAUUACCUUCAUUGCUAAGUAUGAAUACCACCGUUGCAAAACU